GAUUGAAAAGCCUUCGGGUUGUGCUAGAAUUGGACAAUUCUGAACGUUGAAUUGGAAAUUCGGAAGACAUAAAAACCAUUAACGCAGCGCCCGCCCAUCGAAUUCUGCACGCGUUUCUCACUCGUCAAAAACGGAGUCUCUCUCUGUGUCUGAAUUUCUUGGCCACCGGGCGGAGGAUUUGUCCUUGACCCAUCUCCAUUUCUCCUCAAAUUCUUUGCGUAACGCCGGAGAGAUCCAUUUUUUUUAACAUUUUCCCUCGAUUUUCCGGCCGCCGGACACGGGAUCCCGUCCAAGACAAUCGCCGGAAGUGAUGGUUGGGGUAAAGGGUCUGAGAUACAGAUGGGGUUUGAUGGUGGGGGCWCUCGUCGCCAUUUUUGUUGCUGUAGCUAUGACUUCCAGAACCGCCCCCAUGAUUUCGCUCUUUGGCCUCACCAAUAAGCCCUGCCAUUGUGCCCAUGAUGCCAUCAAGUACAGCGGUAUUGUGGAGGAUUGUUGUUGUGAUUAUGAAACUGUAGAUCGAUUAAAUGAGGAAGUGAUGCAUCCGGCCCUUCAGGAGCUUGUUAAAACUCCAUUCUUUCGCUAUUUCAAGGUUAAGUUGUGGUGUGAUUGUCCCUUCUGGCCUGAUGACGGUAUGUGCCGAUUGCGAGAUUGUAGUGUUUGUGAAUGCCCAGAUAACGAGUUCCCUGAGUUAUUUAAGAAGCCUCCUAUCCUUUCAUCCGAGGCCUUUGUUUGUCAAGAGGGAAAGCCCCAGGCCACUGUGGAUCGUACUUUAGAUCGUAAAGCUUUCAAAGGUUGGACUGAAAUAGACAACCCCUGGACCAAUGAGGAUGAGACAGAUAAUGCUGAGAUGACAUACGUAAACCUUCAAUUGAACCCUGAACGCUACACUGGAUACACUGGUCCAUCUGCUCGAAGGAUUUGGGAUGCUAUCUAUUCAGAGAACUGCCCAAAAUAUCCAUCAGAGGAGUUAUGCCAAGAGGAAAGAAUAUUGUACAAAAUGAUAUCUGGUCUACAUUCCUCUAUUUCAGUCCAUAUAGCUGCCGAUUAUCUAAUUGACGAGGCCAAAAAUUUGUGGGGUCAAAAUCUUACUUUACUGUACGAUCGUGUCCUAAGAUAUCCAGAUCGUGUCAGAAACUUGUACUUCACGUACCUCUUUGUUCUCCGAGCUGUUACGAAAGCCACGGAGUACUUGGAGCAUGCCGAGUAUGAUACCGGUAAUUUGAACGAAGACCUGAAGACACAAUCCUUGAUGAAACAGCUGCUUUUCAAUUCUAAAUUACGAGCUGCUUGCCCCCUUCCAUUUGAUGAAGCCAAGUUAUGGAAAGGUCAAAAAGGACCAGAAGUGAAGCAGCAAAUACAAAAUCAAUUCAGAAACAUCAGUGCACUGAUGGAUUGCGUCGGAUGCGAGAAAUGUCGACUUUGGGGAAAGCUUCAGGUUCUUGGUCUUGGUACUGCAUUGAAGAUCCUCUUUUCUGGUGAUGGUCAGGAACACUUGGAUCUGGAUUUGCAAAGGAAUGAAGUAAUUGCCCUCGUGAACCUACUCAAUCGGCUAUCGGAAUCUGUCAAAUUUGUUCAUGAAGUCGGUCCAUCAGUUGAAACCACAAUGGAACAACAAAAUGAUGCUCCCACCACAGAAAGUUGCCCAUUUCAUAGAAUGUGGGCAUCCAUAUUUAGUAACUAGCCUAAACUUAUAAGUUAAAAUCUUUGUAACCGAGGAAAAUGUUACAUUUUUCACCUCCUAGCAAAAAUAUGUAUCUCACAGCCACGAAUAACUUAGUCGGGGGGGG